AGUUAGGAAUUAUAAAAUGCCAAAAUAGAUAGAAUGUGUCGAUUGAAUAAAAAAAUAACGAUAAUGAUCGCUUACUACAUGAUAUUAAUGUUUUUAUUAUGGUAUGUCUGUUAUUCACCUACUACCCUGAUUUUUAAGGGCAAGUGAACGCUUGGUCGUUUUAUUAUUAUCAAUUUCAAUAAAUAGCCUAAAAGAAAUUAAUCUAUCGUCUGCCAAAUCCUUAAAGGGAUAGUUCGCCCAAAAAUGAGACUUAUUAAUAUUUUCUCAUGUCUUGUCUUUCUAAAGCUGUAUGAGAUUGUUUGUUUGUUUUGUGGGAAACAAAAGUAGAAUUAGGAACAAAUGCCAUAACAGUAUAAAUGGUAUGACCUAUACAGUAUGUGCCAUUUUUCACUGGAAAUCUUCUCAAAUGAAACAUGAAGCACGUUGGACAUCAUGAAAUUUGGCUAAGACACACUGAAAAACCAAUAACAUUUUUAUUGAUGUCCAACCUGCAACAUAUUUGAUUUAAGAAAUUUUUCCAAACAAUUUUUUUUAAAUUUCAGUCUGUUUCUCACUUAAAGCUAGACUGAACGAAUUGGAUAAGAUGUAAACCACAUUCAUGGUGCUUUUAUUCCUUUUUUGGCUCCGGUCCUUUGGACUUUUCCAGGUAUCUGCCAUUGAAUGAAAAAAAAAGGCCUAUCUGAUAUAUUUUCUGUGUGUGUUGGGAAAAAAACAGAUGUGUAUCUGAAACAUCACAAGGGUGAAAAAAUACAGAAUUUUCAUUUUUAGGUGAACUGUUGCCUUAAGGAUGAUUUGCACAGUUUCAGCACUGUUUAAAAAAUAGGCUACCUGAGCUUUAGUGAAUAAACCAUGACGUCUGUGGAAAGUCCUCGUAAUGACAGGAGUAUCAACAUGUGUGUAGUCACAGAUCUAAUGAACACACACACAACACAUUGCUGUUUACAUUACAGUGUAUACAGAAGCAUUAUGCCUUCAGGAUGUUGACUACACCUUUAAAAUCACAGUUUUCAGCAAGAGACAAAUAUGGCUUAAGGAAAAUAUUGUUUUCCCCUUUUUAGCAUUUACGUAGCCAUGUUUUUGUUUUCUUCGACAUGUUGCUGUUUUACGAAGCAAUUUGUCUAAAUGAUUGUGUGAGUGAGCAGUCUAAAUGAUUCAGCCAAAAGCGAUUCAGACUGUUUUUCUAUUAGUUUAAUUUAGUUAAUCAAAGUAAACCGUCCAAACAAACAACCUGUUGGUACAGCUUGUCACUCAAAUGUGAUUGACCAAUAGCAAAUCACAAUGAUCCAAUCAAUUCCCGAUGGACAAAAUCAAGUCCCGCCCUACAUUUGUUCUUGUUUGUGAAGCCGACUCACUCAGAUACAUCACAAUAUGGAAGAAAAGACUAGGGCUGCCCUCGACUAAAGAUUUUUCUAGUCGACUAGUAGUCGUUCAUUUAAGCAAUUAGUCGACUAAUCGCACGUGUAUGUUAAUAAGCUAUAGAAAUCAUAAUAAUAAUUGCCUAUGUAUAGUACCCAUAGCCUAAUCAGCACUCAAGCGCAUGCAUAAAGCUUGCCACAGCACACCAGCAAAAGUAAUGAUUAUGAAUGUGUCUUGAAAAAACAGAAAGGAGACCGUCUAAACAUUUUAAUCAUUUAUUGAUAAUGUUUUCUGUGUUUUUGACUGCAGAGAUUAAGUCGACGAUGCUGACUCAUCAUCUCUGCAGUAAUAUGCACGUUUCAUACAGAUUACAUAAUCUGAGAAUAUUUGUUUUCCGCUUGAAUUGGUUGACAAUCUCUUGACAUUUCAAGCUUUCUAUAUAUUUCUCUUGUCUAUGAGGCAAGUAUACACUUGGUUUAUUUUUUGACGCACUCAAGUUCACAGAGACCGAGUCGGCAGAAAGCGCAUCCUGUUUGUUUUGUUUAUUUUACAAAGGUACAGUGUUUUCUUGUUUUUUUUUCUGCGACUAACUAAUACAUUUUUUGAUCGACUAAGGCUCUUCUAGUCAACUAACGAUUAGUCAAAUAUUAGGGGGCAGCCCUAGAAAAAACUAUCGCAGCUUCCGUUGCAUGCUGACUUUAAGAGCAUUAAUAGGCGGUACAUUGCCAAAAUACUGCACACAUUCCUUUACAGAUAUCAUAAGUAGCCUAUAUCACAAAAUAUUGGUUUGUUUAAAAGAAAAGUCUUUUAAGAGAUUAAUAUGUGUGUACUGUAAUGGUGUGUGACAAUUUAGUAUGACAUUAAAUUUAAAGUGAUUGCAUCCUAAAUACAUUUUAGUUCUGGUAUAAAAUUUACCUAUUUUCUUAAUUUUUUUUUUUUCCUUUUUCUCUGUUGCAUUCUUAUUUCCAUUGCCAAUCUAGCAGUUCUAGCUCAGUCACUUUUGUGUUAUUCACUCCUAAUGCUGCACAAAACAUGCAUGUGGCCUGUAAAGAAGAGCUCUUGCACAAUAAAGUGUAAAAAGUAGAGCAGUGAUAGCAUUGAGUGUGGAAAGUUUUUCAGAAAUGUAGGUGAGAUCAUGCUGGGAAAAAAAUCUAAAUUGCAGUCAUAAAAUGGACCUGUUGCCCUGCAAUAAAAUGCUUUCGAGUUUAGUCUCCGAUGGCACAUCACUUGAUGUCAUUUGAUGCAUACUGCACUCAAAAUAUGGCAAGCUGACGUCAAAUCUUUGAAAAUGUUCAGAGGCUGAAUAUCAUGGGGCUCAUCACUGAGAUUUUGGCCACUAUUUUGCCUUGCAAAAUCGAUCAAACACUUUAGAUGUCAGUCAGUCAGAUGGUCUCUUCCUGUCUUAGUGGGUCAAAAUAAACUGCAAUGUGGACCAUACCAGAGCUGUUUCGUCAAAAGGUCUGGCUACACGAGACUAGGAAGAGUCUGACGCUGCACAUCUGUAAUUGGUAUCAUGAGGAACACAUGAUGUGUUUGAGUGAAUGAGAGAAGGAAGCAUGUGACACUAUGUAAGAUUCAGGGUGAUACUGAAAACUAAGCUUGAGCAGAAAAGAAAGGCCGAUAUUAAAGAAAACAGGUUGAAAGGGGAAUGGUUGGAUGGUGUGGAGACUGUGAUAGAGAGAGACCUUGGGUUCGGUAUGAAACAUUGGCUGAUAUGCAGCAGGUUCAUCCCUUACUGUUCAGGUACAGUCACAGGAGGAGAAACCCUGGACGCUUCCCACCGGAUUCACUCAUGGAUCUCACCCUAGACUUACCCUGCAGAUGCCCUCGCUGUGGUGAGGGCAUCUUCAAGAUGGAUAGCAACUGGAAUAGGACCAAGGUGCUCGGAGUGCUGAUGUUAGCCAAUUUUCUCCUGUACAUCGUGGUGGAAGUGGCCCGAAGCUACGGGCAGGACCAGGUCGUCUACAAGCGACAGAAAAUGAUGCCUAAAGUGUUCUGGAAGAAGAUGAAAGUCAGCGGGGCCUUCUGGAAUCGUGAGCAGGAGCGUCUCGACGACAUCUAUUACCUGCCGCUUGUGAACGGCAGCGAGCCCCCUCGUGACUUUCGGGGAAUCCCACAUUGGCUGAAUCGCACUAGUCCGUGCCUGACAGACGGCAGAGUAAUGACACAGAUUGAAGACUUCAGUUCCCUACCACAGCGAUUCCAGGAUUUCCUAUUGUACAUGGGAUGUAGGUCGUACCCCUUGAUAACGGACGCACCCAAAGUGUGUUCUAAACCACCGUACCUUUUGCUUGUGAUAAAAUCCAUUGCGCCACAUUUCGACCGACGGCAGGCCAUUCGGGAAUCAUGGGGUCGCGCUGGUGUCCUCGACGGUCGGCGCAUCGCCACGGUGUUCCUACUUGGCAAAACGACUCCAACGGACCACUUCCCGGACUUGUCGGAUAUGGUCAAGCACGAGGCGGCAUUGUACGGCGACGUCCUUCAGUGGGAUUACCGAGACUCGUUCUUCAAUCUUACCUUGAAAGAAGUCCUCUUUCUGGAGUGGUUUGGGACACAUUGCGCUUCAGCCCAAUAUGUUUUCAAAGGCGAUGAUGACGUGUUCGUCAACACGCAUCAUAUUCUGACCUACCUAGGCAACUUUUCGGUGUCCAGCACAAAGGACCUUUUUAUUGGUGACGUGAUCACCAAUGCCGGACCACACCGGAGCAAAAACCUCAAGUAUUACAUCCCCGAGAGCGUGUUUCUGGGGGGUUACCCUCCAUACGCGGGUGGCGGAGGCUACUUGUAUUCGGGUAAUUUGGCACUGCGGCUAAGAACGAUCUCUCGCCUGGUCACGUUGUACCCAAUCGACGACGUGUACACGGGGAUGUGUCUGCAGAGACUGGGACUGGUACCGGAGAAACACAUGGGCUUUAAGACCUUUGAUAUUGAGCAGAAGAACAGAGAGAAUCCAUGUGCUUACAAAAGUUUGAUUCUGGUCCAUCCCAGGAGCCCACAGGAUAUGAUAAAGAUCUGGUCUUGGAUAAAUGACCCUAAAACGAACUGUGACACUACACCGGACAUGAAUAGUGCGAAGAAACGCGGAAAAAUCAAAUAGAACCCAUUAUAAUCAGUAAUACUGUCUAUACCUACGGAGCCCCGGACAUGACAUGCAGGAAAAAAAUAGUAGGCUAAAUCGUGCGCAUGAUUUACUAUUUUGUUUUAUAAAUUUUUCGAUUUAUAAAUCAUGCGCAUGAUUUAUAAAUCAAGGGAAUGAAAUAGUAAAUCGUGCGCACGUUUUAGUAAAUCGAGGGAAUGAAUUAGUAAAUCGUGCACACGAUUUAAUUUUUUUUCUUGCAUGUCAUGUGCGGGGCUCUAAUACCGGAUGUGGUGCGAGGAGACAAUUGCUGACUUACUCCACACAUGGGCUGGGUAGGGCGGGGUUUAAAAAUGAGAGGGCCAAUAAUUAAAAAUGGCCAAACCCCAAUAUUUGAUAUCCUUGAUGCUGCUCUGCUGCACUCCAUUACACACCACUCUGUUUGUUGAUAGGAUAACAGAAAGUUUUAAAAGUUACACUUUUAGGCUGGUCAGCAGUCUAACAGCGCUCAUCAAUGUCAAAAUGAUUGAGAUGGCCAAUCAAAUCAAAGAGGGCGGGGCUAACUGUUCACAGAAGGUGAAUGUGAAUUCCAACGUGACGCUUUAGUUUUAAUGGUAAAAGAGUGCGUGGUAAGAUGCAAGUUGCAAAACAUUUAAUAUUUGACAACUGUUUUACAAUAGACAUGUUCAACAACAGACAGGCCUAAUAUCCAGUGAUGCAAACUACUCAACUGUUUGUGUUUUCGAGAUAUUAGACAUACAAAUAAGAGUGAAUGUGGGCAUAUUUUAAAAUAAAAUAUAUAUUUUUUAAUUGAUUAAUUAGAACUAUAACCUCCCCCCCGCUGAAAAAAAGGUCUCCCCCCCAAUAUUCAAGACAUGGUUAUGGCCUUGCCUGAAAGGGAAGUUGUUUAAAGGGUCGGAGCAAGUUAUAUUUUAAAGAAAAAUUGUGAAGAAAAACUUCUUUUUUCUUUGGAAUAAUGUGAACCGAUGAAGACCACAAAGUGGGGAUGGUGCUGCAUUUACAUAGUUUUUGCCUUUAUUUACUCACACUGAGUAAAAUAUGUGAGAAAUCAGGGUGUAUUUUUUAUAACAAGAAUGAGCUAAAGAGACUGAAGGAUUUAUUUUGUGUAAUUUUAUCAUGUUGCUUUUAUUUAUGCCCGUAUUUGUGUGAGGGAAAAGCAGAACUGAGCUGUUUGACUUCUAUUGCAUUAAACCUCCAUAUUCUCAGGAAGCUGUUGUUUGAUUGAUCGCCAAUUACACUAGCAAAACAACGACAAUAUUAGAUGUUUUUAUUACUUAAUUUGUAUGGCGUUUGUUCAAGUGAAGUUAAGUAUAUUCAAUAUGAGUUGUAAUCAUAUGUUUACAGAUUUGUAAUCACGGAUAAAGCGAAACAUUCUGAAACAGGCUUGACCCCUUAUAUGUGAAACUUGUGUUUAUCAUUUAACAGUUAAGCACUCAGUGUUUUGUAUUUAAACUAAUAAAGUUCUGCUGUGUCCAUAUUUGUCAUUAUUGUCAUCCGAGGCACGGAAUAAAAGAAUAAAACAUUCAUUUCGA